ACGCUCUCCUUCAGGGGAACCCCCCUACCCCUCCCCCCGGCUCCGUAUUUAGCUCCGGGCGAGGCUCGCGUUGAGACGAACCCGGCACGCGCGUCCGGCACUCCGAAGGCAGCGGCGGCGGCGGCGGCGGGUCGCUUAUCGGCUCCAGCACGCAGGGCAAAGCAACAUCCACCACCACCACCACGAGGACGUCCUCAAGGUGACCAGCGAGCUGGUGCAACCCAUCGGCUCUCUCAACGUUGCCCCGACGUUCGCUCGUUGCCGAGGAGGGGCUCCCGGGGGUCCGAGGCGAGGAGAGCGGCCACGCGAUGGAGUGGCAGCGGCCGCGGGCCCUGCUGGUGACGGAGGCGGCCAGCGGCGCCAUGCGCCUGGUGGAGGAGACCGCCGCGCUCGUGGCCCGCGCCGAGAAGCCGGCGGUGGUGGUGGCCAUCGCUGGGCGCUACCGCACGGGGAAGUCGUUCCUCAUGAACAAGCUGGCGGGGAAGCACAGCGGCUUCGAGCUUGGUAACACGGUGCAGUCCAAGACGAAGGGCAUCUGGGUCUGGGUGUUGCCCCAUCCGGUCGACAGCAAAAAGUCUCUCAUCCUCCUGGACACCGAGGGCCUGGGGGAUGUCGAGCAGGCGAGCGGGAACCACGACACGUGGAUCUUCGUGCUCGCCAUGCUGCUCAGCUCCACGCUGGUCUACAACACCACGAGCACCCUGGACCGCGGAGGCCUCGAGCAGCUGCACUUCGUGGCAAACAUGUCCGAGCACGUGCAGAUGCGCGCUCGCCCCCGCUCCUGGGACCCGGCGAACCAGGCGGACGCGGCCGACUGCCGCGCGUUCUUCCCCUCGUUCGUGGUGUGUGUGCGGGACUUCAUGCUGCGCCUGGAGCUGGACGGGCGGCGCUGCUCCUCCGACGACUACCUGGAGCACUGCCUCAGGCGCAAGUCCGGGGGGCUUAGCAAGGAGUGCCGCGAGCAGAACGCACAGAGGGAGAUGCUUCGCAGCAUCUUCCAGGAGAGGAAGUGCUUCGUGUUCCCCCUGCCGACCGAUCCGGAGCGGAUGGACUCCCUGGACCGCAUGGAGCCACACGACCUCAAGCCGGGCUUCAGGGAGAGCAUGGAGCUCUUCUACGAGCACGUGGUGCGUCACGCGCGCGUCAAGCACCUGGAGGGUACCAUCAUCAACGGGCGCCUGCUGGUGGAGCUGGCGCGUCGCUACGUGGACGCGCAGGCGCGCGGCGCCAUCCCCUGCAUCGAGCAGGCGGUGAGCCAGGUGGCUCGCGCGGCCAACGAGCGCGCGAGCGGCGAGGCGCUGGGCCUCUACGAGGGGCUGCAGUGCGAGCUGCGCGACGCCUUCCCCGUGCCCGCCGACGACGUGGCGGCGUCCCACGUCCACGCCUGGGAAGCCGCGCUCACGCACUUCGCCUCGGCCGCCGUUCUGGACCGCGACCACGAGCAGGAGAAGGCGCUCUCGGCGAGAAUGAUGGAGGCCUACGAGAAGCUGGUGAAGCAGAACAAGGCGGCGUCCGUCUCGACGUCCCGCGCCAUGCUGGAGCUCCUGCACAAGCCAAUCAAGGAGGAGAUCGCCAAAGGCUCGUUCCACACGGCAGGAGGAUUCAAGAGCUACGAUCGGAUGAUGAAGGAGCUGAAGAAGGAAUUCCAAGCGUCGAUGGGGAGAAUGGGAGACAUGGCGGCGCAGGUGCUGAGCGAGUUCCUGGCGAGCGUGGAGGACGAGGGUCGACUCAUCAUGCAGGUGGACGACAGCGUCAGCGAGCUGGAGAAGGAGAGGAAGGAGCUGGAGAAGGUCCGGGCCCGGCAGGCCGAUCAGGAGGCCAUCACGAGGAUGCAGAGCGAGGAACUGCAGAGGACCGUCAACCUCCUGCAAGAGCAGAUGCGGCUCAACGGGGAGUCAUUCAACGCCCGGAUCAAACACAUGGAAGAGAUGACGGAGAUGAAGCUACAGGAGCUGAAGAGGCAACACCAGGAGGAGAUGGAGCGUUCCAAGGCGGCCUAUCAGAGCAGGAGGGGCGGCAGAGGCGGCAUCUGUUCAGUCAUGUGACGCCCGCCGACGCACGGCGCGAUUCCCGCACAGUGCCGACGGCGUCGACCCGACGGUCACUCAACGCUGGGACAACCGUUGGCCUGGCCGCAUGCCAACGUCGGCCCAACGUCGGGCCAACGUUGGCAUGCCCUAACGAAUGCCAUCGUCGGCCCGACGUCGGCCCGGCCGCUGGCCAACGUUGGGACAAUGUUGGCAUGUGGUCGGGCUCAAUGUCGACUCAACGCUGUGCACGCGGUCAGGCCAACGGCGGCUCAACGUUGGGCCGACGUUGGCACGCGGUAGGGCCAACGUUGACUCGAUGUUGGGCCGACGUUGGCACUCGGUAGGGCCAACGUUGACUCGAUGUUGGGCCGACGUUGGCACGCGGUAGGGCCAACGUUGACUUGAUGUUGGGCCGACGUUGGCAUGCCGUCGGGCCAACGUUGACUCGAUGUUGGGCCGACGUUGGCACGCGGUAGGGCCAACGUUGACUCGAUGUUGGGCCGACGUUGGCACUCGGUAGGGCCAACGUUGACUCGAUGUUGGGCCGACGUUGGCACGCGGUAGGGCCAACGUUGACUCGAUGUUGGGCCGACGUUGGCACGCGGUAGGGCCAACGUUGACUCGAUGUUGGGCCGACGUUGGCACUCGGUAGGGCCAACGUUGACUCGAUGUUGGGCCGACGUUGGCACUCGGUAGGGCCAACGUUGACUCGAUGUUGGGCCGACGUUGGCACUCGGUAGGGCCAACGCUGACUCGAUGUUGGGCCGACGUUGGCACGCGGUAGGGCCAACGUUGACUCGAUGUUGGGCCGACGUUGGCACUCGGUAGGGCCAACGUUGACUCGAUGUUGGGCCGACAUUGGCACGCGGUAGGGCCAACGUUGACUCGAUGUUGGGCCGAUGUUGGCACGCCGUCGGGCCAACGCUCCGGGAAGUGCGGAUGGCGGAGCUGGGCCAUGACACGGCGGCGAUGCCGGGGUGACGCUCGUACGGCACGAGGCGCCGCGAUCAUCGUUGGCAACCGUGCGGUGUGAUUUGUUUACAUCGCGGAUUGUCAUCCUUCAGUUGUUCAUCUCGCGAAAGAAUUUUUUUGUGAUGUUCUGGCAUCUAUCAUUUGAGUGAAAUAACAGUGGUCUCUUAGCUCGCUUGUGCCCCACUCUCAAGGUCACACAAUGUUCACCAACCACACGGGCGGACCACCGAGACAACUUGCCCAUGCAACAGCCCUCCUGCCCAUUCCAUAUUUGUACGGGUGACGAUCAAAGUGGCGAGUCACCAACGCGAAUGUGACAGCUGUGCGGCGUCGACUCUCGGCAAGGCGCACCACGUGGGUAGUCGCGUCACUGGGGCGUGGAGCUCAGCUCGGUGUCGCUUCGAAAGUCGGGCGAGAGAGGAGGAAGUUGGUGGUGGUGGUGGUGGUGAGGGUGCCUUUAAGGGGGGAAGUGCGCCUUUAAGGACGUGCGCCUUUAAGGGGGGACGCGCGCCUUUAAGGGGGGGUCGUGCGCCUUUAAGGGGGACGUGCGCCUUUAAAGGGGACGUGCGCUUUUAAGGGGGGACGUGCGCCUUUAAGGAGGGACGUGCGCCUUUAAGGGGGACGCGCGCCUUUAAGGGGGGACGUGCGCCUUUAAGGGGGGACGCGCGCCUUUAAGGGGGGACGCGCGCCUUUAAGGGGGGACGCGUGCCUUUAAGGGGGGACGUGCGCCUUUAAGGGAGUGGCUGUUCUCCUGCCGUGCUGUGGGUCUCUCCGGGGUGGGCAGCAGGUGGCAGUGCAGCGUUUCUCGCCUGUGAUUGGUCCUUGCCCCGUUUGAAAAUCACGGCAAGUCCUCGCUUAACGCACUCUGGUGUUAUAGAUUCCAACGCGUUUCACACAGCGCAUAGCCAACAGAGUUAAUCGGAGGUUUCUAUAGCUCUAUGGGUCUCUGUACCUCUGUGUAUCUCUACGAGACUGCGAUGCACAGCAUCUGCCACCGCUGCCGACCGCGACCUUACAAGGCUGGGACGAUGAUCAUCGGCAUCCCCGAGAGAGUCUGAACUCGCUGCAGAGACUGCCAGACUGGAGCCGGUCGGUUCCGUGGAACUUGGUCGCGAGCAACUUGAACCGGGCGGGCUAAGGCUCUUGCCUACUAAGCCUUGUACAGCAUAUAUGUAGCGGUAUAAGUGGGUUAUAAUGUCCAUAAGACGGGGGGG